UCGACGGAGACGAGGGAAAACCUAUAAAACGAGGUUGACGCGCGAAUGCCGCUCAUUAUCAAACAAAAUUUUGAAGAGAAAGGAACGCGGAGAGGAAAGUAGGGUGUGUUUUCAGUGCGCAAGCCACAUUCGGUGGGAUAAAGAAAAAGCGAAAAGAACAAUCGAAUCAAUUGCGAGAAAGAGAAGAACCUUAUAAAUAUUUCAAGAACAUUGCCCCGUGAAAAUAUAAAUAGUGUGCAUAUACACAGUGAACAACAACCAACUUGCUGCACUUUGCCAUUGCAUUUUGCACAUUUCCAUUUGGAUUUUUGGACUUUUAAGGAUUCCAACGACACUCGCACAGCUUUGAGUGAGAAAUGGGCAAAGACUUCUACAAGAUUCUGGGCAUCGACCGCAAGGCCAGCGACGAUGAGAUCAAGAAGGCCUACCGCAAACUAGCCCUCAAAUACCAUCCCGACAAGAACAAGAGCCCGCAGGCGGAGGAGCGCUUCAAGGAGAUCGCCGAGGCGUACGAAGUGCUAUCGGACAAAAAGAAACGCGACAUCUUCGACAAGUUCGGUGAGGAGGGACUGAAGGGUGGACAGCCGGGAACAGAUGGCAGCGGCCAGCCGGGAGCAUACACCUAUCAGUUCCACGGCGAUCCGAGGGCCACUUUUGCGCAGUUCUUUGGAUCGUCGGAUCCGUUUGGCGUCUUCUUUGGCGGCAGUGAUAACAUGUUUGCCGGCGGCCAGGGCGGCAAUACCAACGAGAUCUUCAUGAACAUUGGCGGCGACGAUAUGUUUGGCGGUUUCCCCGGCAAUCCUAUGGCUGGAGCCUUCCGGUCGCAGUCAUUCAAUGCCCAGGCACCCAGUCGCAAGCGACAGCAGCAACAGGAUCCGCCCAUCGAGCAUGAUCUGUACGUGUCGCUGGAGGAAGUGGACAAGGGAUGCACCAAGAAGAUGAAAAUCUCACGCAUGGCCAGCGGAAACAGUGGGCCGUACAAGGAGGAGAAGGUGCUGAGCAUCACAGUGAAACCGGGCUGGAAGGCCGGUACCAAGAUUACCUUCCCCCAGGAGGGCGAUUCGGCGCCGAACAAGAUACCAGCUGACAUCGUCUUCAUCAUACGCGACAAACCGCAUUCGCUGUUCAAACGCGAGGGCAUCGAUCUCAAGUACACAGCCCAGGUCAGUCUGAAGCAGGCCUUAUGUGGCGCACUGGUUAGUGUGCCCACGCUGCAGGGCAGUAGGAUACAGGUGAACCCAAACCAUGAGAUCAUCAAGCCCACCACCACGCGUAGGAUCAGCGGACUAGGUCUGCCCGUGCCCAAGGAGCCCUCGAGACGCGGCGAUCUGAUCGUGUCCUUCGACAUCAAGUUCCCCGACACACUGGCGCCCAGUCUGCAGAAUCAGCUGGCCGAGCUGCUGCCCAACUAGGCGAAUGUGGGUGGCUGUGCCAGCCUCACAGACACACACAACACACAUACACACACAACACAUAAUUGUUAUCACUUUAGUUAAGGCCUAUAUUUAGUUUAUCGUACGUACUCGUAAGACACCUAAGCCUAACCAAUUGUAGCCCGAAGCUAGUGAGUGUGCCAAGCGAACAGCUGUAGAUAUUGGCCGAGGAAGCAAGCGCUAGAUAAGAUUAGGGAAGAGAACACACACAGCAGGUAGCCCGUUUUGUGUUGGAGACUGAUCGACUAUUAGCUAUUUUACCCUAUUACCCUAGUACACACCAAUUCCAUAACUUGUUUUGUUUACCGCCGCAUGGCUCGGUAAAUUAACAUCUUAUAUUUAUUUAUCCCAAAACACACUAUGAAAUAAAAGAGGUAUUAUAAAUUGAAAGUAACUCACGAUUUUUGAAGCAAAGCACAUCUUCGGCAUUCCAACACGGGGAGGUUAAAUCAGUUAGAAAAGAACACUUUAGAUUUGUACGCCGUAGAACAUAGUACGUUUUAGUACCAAUUUCAUUAUGUUUAACAAUAAAAUUAUUUAUACAAA